AUGGCGCCAAUGCGUCCAUCAGGACGUGGCAGACUUGAAGGCCUUCAUUCACUGGAUCCUAUCUAUACAUCAUCAGUAUCCCUCUCUAGCUCAUCCUCGGAUCCCAACUCGACCGCCCUCACCCCUCGAACUCUUUACGCCCAGACAUUCGACCGACCCAGCUCUUCCCGCAGUUUACCAUCUACACAAUACAGGAAGAACAUGAAGGAAUUUACUGGUUUCGAAACCACAGAGGCCGAAUUCGACGCUUUACCGCUUGCUGUACGAAGAAAGGUAUGUAGUACAAUAUUCUUAACCGAGUGGGGUAAUGGACGGGAAUCUGGGGAGAAAGUAGUCAGAACUAUCAUGCUUGAGAGGGUGUCUUACUUUUCAACGUUAGAGCGAUUGAGAUUCGCACAAAACAGCAGAACCAACGCACUUAAUGAGCUACCUAUACAACGAACCCGAAAGGGCUCGAUAGCAGAUCGUCGAGGCUUGAAUACCCCUAUGAUUUCACCUCCACGAAAACCUUCUGGACGACUACGAAAGCCCGCAAAGCAACAUUCGGUCACCAGUAGUGAGGCGUCGUGGUUCUUGACUCUACCGGACAAGAUCAAAAAGCAACAUUUCACGCGAGAGGAACAGGUCGUAUUGGCUGGACGUUUAAGGGAGAGCGUGAUUCUCGAUGCGGCGGACGAGUCAGUGUAUAAAGCUAAACAACGUCAACUAAAUCGAAGUUUGACGGUACCUUCGGCUUCUACGACUCCUACAACACCUAUAACCCCGGGGAGCAGUGGCUCGAGUCGACGUAGCCAGGACACGAAAAGCAGUAUGGCUGCUGCCAUGUUUGACAGCUUUCGGUGGAUGGAUGAGGAAAGUGAUCUGGAUCUGCGCUUAGUGCUGGAUGAUUACCAUGCCAACCUGGAUGGCUGUCCCUCCCCGACAAGUGCUAGGAGACCAUCCUUUCGCAGACAAAUGUCAAUCUCUAAAAGACCUUUCGGGAAGGGCUCCCUUCCGUCACUACAACACCACAGUCCUCGCCCUCCCCCUCCGCCUCAAAGCAGUCACAGUAGUCACAAUCGACAACAAUCUCGAGCACUCUCCCUUAUACAACCGAAGCAUGUCCCCCAGAGCUCGGUAUCGUCGAUAGAUCCCAACGCAAAACAUUAUCAAGACCCCGAAGCACGGUUGAAGCUACGAGUAUACCUGGCCUCGCCGCAGAAGUUUGACGAGGCAAUCGAAUUUGGAUUUCCUGCAUUGGAUGGGACAGACAAGGAGAACAACCCCCCGAGACGAAUGUCGAAGGAACAAGCAUUGAAGGGACGGUCAUCAAAGGACGCCGCUGGUUUUAAAAGCUCAUUUGCUACAGACGGUGGCAUCUCAUUUCUGGAUGAUACAGCGUCCCUAUUCGACGACGACGUUUCAAUGCCCGACCUCGACUCGCCGAUUACACCUCAAGGUCCCGAUAUUGUUUACCGACCUCCACCAAGAACUUCGACUUCUGCAUAUGCAUACAGUGGUGCUAAAAGCAGCAAGACCUCGGCCGAUUACUCGCACCUUGGUAUCACGAAGCCUACGGUGGUGAAGCCGCAGGAUGGCUAUACACAAGCAAUGGCAGGGAGCAGAGAGAUGACAAUGAGGAUGACAUUGACGCGGCCGGAUUUACGGGCAGAUGAGACGACGCUAUAUGGAUGGCAAAUGACGAAGGCCCCUCUCAAGGAAGCGGAUCUGCCGAUGGAAGAUGAUAUGGAUGAGAAGUUGGAAAGCAGGGGUCCAUUUGGGGGCCCCGAUGGGUGGGGCCACUCAGAGAAGGAGGACGGAGUCGUCAAAAGAUUUUGGAACAGGGUGAAGAGCUCUCAAAGGAAAGCGACUUAG